UCAAAGAUCUGCUGGCUCUGCCUCCAAAGUGCUAGGAUCAAAGGUGUGCAUCCCCACACCCAGUCCCUAGUGGGUGGUCUGCUACGCGCAAUGCCAAGUGUAUCAUGCUAAACACACGUUAGCAUUUCAUCGCCACUAGAGAUAAAGGGCGGAGUAGGGAAGUGGAAAAGACAGAGAUGGUUACCCGUGCUUUCAGGUUUUUAUUUUGUUGUUUGUUUUGUUUUGGAGGUGAAGCCUCUGUUUGUAGCCCAGGUUGGCCUGGAACUCAAAAUCCUCCUGCCUUAGCUGCUUUACGUUAGAAAUAUAAUACAGGCAUGAGCCACCACACUGGGGUAUAGCUUAUUUCCCCAACCUCGGGCAUGCUAACCCUACGCCUCUACCACCGAGCCAUGGUGCGGCUGGCGAGGUGCUGAGUCCACUGGAUAAGUGAUCUUAAACCUUAGGAGUUAUUUUUUUUCUGGAUUAUUUGCAACAUAUCAGACAUCUGCCAUCUCUCUUGCUCUUCUCUACCAAAUAGUCCUCUUGGCUAGUUUGCAGGGAAGGGAACUGGAUUCAGAGAUAAGGGUUUCUGAGGUCACUCAGUCGCUAGCAAGCAGAGCUGGGAUUUAGAGCCUGCACUGUGUAAAGUCGGAGCUGGUGUUUUAUGUGUGCUUUUUCUUUCUCCUGCUGCCAGAAAUGUUAUUCAUAAUUUCCCAAAUAUGACCUUCGAGAUCGUCUAGUCCAACUCCCUGCUCUGUACAGCAAAAUGUCCUCUGCCAUCUCAUUAAGCACAGCGCCCUUCAAGCUCUCCUUGACCGUGAGCAGAGGGGGUGGGGGGUUGACCUGCGUGCCCUCGGCCAGUGUGCAUUGUUAGAGAGCCAGAGGUCAUGAUGUUCUCUUGAUAUGCUGGCCUCUCCUGGGCCCAAGCCAGACGUUAUUGGCCCCUGGCUCAACUUCUUGAUUGGAAGUGGGGAGCUGGACAUGGUGAUAGGUAGCCUGCUUCCGGCCCUGAACUGGCCAGGACCAGCCUGUCAGGUGCCAUCAUCGCUGGCUGGGGAAGAACGGCUGCCUCCUGGGGCAACCGGGUGCCAGGCAGAGUUAUAAUCAAGAGAUGCAGUGGAAAUUCCCCAACCACCACUGGUUCCUUCUUUGUGGGAGCAAAUCCCUCUCCAUCAGUCUCAUUUCUUUGCCGAUUGGCAGACGUUCCCCCAUUUCCUCUGGAGCCAGAAGUACAUGCCUUCUGGCACCCAACAUCUCUCAACUUACUCUACCAACAUCAUUGUCCUCAUCAGCAGCAUCAUUGCUGUAACUACGGCAACUUUAUUUAUUUGGCUCUUACCUUGUUCUACACACAGUGCAAAGCACUGUAUAAGCAGGAGCUCGGUUGCCACUCACUCACAAGGGCCUGUGGAUGCAGAUGAUUGCCCCCAGUGUGUGGAGGAUGCUGGGGCACAAGGCCACACAGCAAGCAGUGGCAGACCAGAGCUCGUCCGGAGCCAGCACAUUAGGCCCCCUUAGGAUUCUGUGCCACCCGCCGCCGCCUCCUUCUAGAGGAGCCAACAUGUGUGAGAUUCCGCCAGAAACUGGAAGUCUGCUUUCCCACAAGCAUCUCCAAUCAGAUUGCUUCCUGAAGUUAGUCCUGGGCUUCUCUUGGACCUCCUUAGAAGGAAAGACCCUCUGGUCUUUACUAGUUCCUGAACAGGUUCAGAGGUGCGAGUGAACGGAGCAGAGAUUCAAGCUAGAGUGGGCCUUGGUCUGAGACUCUGUGUCUCCUCUGAGGAAGGGAUAGACUGUUCCUCCCUCUCUAGGUCUGGAAGGGGAGCAUAGAGUGGUUGAAGGGGCUGGAAUCGAGUCUCCAUCAGCAGCCCCUCUGGAGGAGGGCUCAGAGGAGAAACGUGAGAGGACAGGACAAGGGAGGCUCCUCCAGCACAGGCUGCCCCGCUCUCCAUGUGAGCUUUGCUCAGCUAGAGGCAGCUUGUUGGACUAGGACUAGAUGGCACAGAGAGAAUAUAGCUCUGCGCGCCUCAGACAGACAGUCCUCUUGGGAGUCCAGCUACCCUGCCUGUCCUUGGGGGAUGUUCUGCCCCAGACUCCCACGCUGAAGAGAGGCUGUUCAUUGCAGGGCACAGUGCUGAGACCUGGAUUCUUGAGAGGCACUGGGCAUGCUGGGAGGCCUGGGUCCAGUCAUAUGUUGUGUCUGGAUGCUGCUGUUGUCCUAAGGGGAGGGUCUGUGCAGCAUGCUGACUUUUCAUAACUGUGGGAAUCUACAGGGAGUAUGAGAGGCUGGCUGGGGCCUGAGAGUGCAGCUAUAUUCGGUCAGCUGGCGGGGCUCCAGCCUCAGCCUCUAGAGGUCAAGCAGGCCAAGUCAGCCUGGGCAUGGAGCCAGGGAAAGAGGGAGGGUAGGCAAGGAAAACUGCUGGAGGACUGCCCAGUCAUGCCGUCACGAGCAGGUGGAAUCUGGGCCCAGGUGGGUCCUGUCUCCCUGCUGGUGCUUUGGACCAGAUUUGGCACCUGUGGGCUGGGACGCAGUCAGUACAGCUGUCCGGGUAGAGUGGGCACCCAGCACCCGUCUGCCUGGUUCCCACCCUUCACAGCCUGCCUGCCUCAUUUGUCAGCGAUGGCAUCUAUGUUUGUGACUUCCAGUCAGCAGACUUGUGGAGCCUGUUUGUUCUCUGUGUAGCUGGGAGACAAGGGUGCAGGCCUGAGGGUUGAGUUGAGACACUGGGGACACUUGGGGGAAGCGCAUGUUUCUGUGUGACACUGAGUUGGGGCAGAAGCCUCCUUCUGUCCGCUUCACUCUCUGAACUUCAUGCAUGCAAGUGUGUGAUUCCCUGGAUAUACUCGUGUGUGUGUGUGUGUGUGUGUGUGUGUGUGUCUGCACGUGCACGCGCGGGUGUGCGUUCCCACUAGAGAGCACCGUACUUCAAGCCUCACAUCUAACUCUCCAUGGGACAACUAUUUCAGCCAAGGACUAGAGUCUCCAUUUGUUGGAUCAAUUAUAUACCGCACUGUACAUGCUAAAGCUCUCACUUCAACAAGUGACUCUCAAGUGUGUCCUAGAACCAACAGCCAGGCUGGGGCUGGUGAGGGGCCCAGAUGAACAGGGAGGUGACACCUCACCCCUCUUUCUAUUUGCUUGGUGUUGGCUGAAGAUGCGCCAGGAGGAGAAGAGCAGCUACAUGGUGGUGCAGACAAGCGAGGAGGGCCUGGCAGCUGGCGGUGAGCUUUCCGGACCACUCAUGAUGCUGGCCCAGAACUGCGCCGUCAUGCACAACCUGCUGGGUCCUGCCUGCAUUUUUCUGCGGAAGGGCUUUGCUGAGAACAGACAGCCUGACAGAGCAUUACGACCAGAGGAGAUCGAAGAGCUCCGAGAGGCCUUCCGGGAAUUCGACAAGGACAAGGACGGUUACAUCAACUGCCGGGACCUGGGGAACUGCAUGCGCACCAUGGGCUACAUGCCCACUGAGAUGGAGCUCAUUGAGCUGUCCCAGCAGAUCAACAUGAACUUGGGUGGCCAUGUGGAUUUUGAUGACUUUGUGGAACUAAUGGGACCUAAACUCCUGGCGGAGACAGCAGAUAUGAUUGGUGUAAAGGAACUGAGAGAUGCCUUUCGGGAGUUUGACACCAAUGGUGAUGGGGAGAUAAGCACCAGUGAGCUGCGAGAGGCCAUGAGGAAGCUACUGGGUCAUCAGGUGGGACACCGAGACAUAGAGGAAAUUAUCCGAGAUGUGGACCUCAAUGGAGACGGACGAGUGGACUUUGAAGAGUUCGUCCGGAUGAUGUCCCGCUGAGGCUGCCAGGGCUUCUCCAGGACUGCCAACUCCCACCGGCGGGGAGAAGAGUCGAGCUCGCCUCACCCCGCAGUAGCUGCCGAGAGCCCAGGAUGUACUGGCGGAUGGGGCCUGCCUGCACCCGGGGAGGUGCCCACCCCGGACCCCCACCCCUCUGCACUGUGAAAGACUCACAACUCCUGCAACUGGAAAAGGGGGGCGCCCGCCGGCGAGGAGGCCACAGUGCCAAGCCGGUACAGGACAAGCAAGGCGCCAAGUGCCAUGUGCCCAGCUGCUGCUGGCUGGGUGGGCCAGGGAGCCCGCCAGCAGACCCCACACAGCAUGACUGCCCCAGGGCAGAGCCUUCCAGCACACUCCUGAGCUCUAUGCCCGUCCCAGCUCGCCUAGCCCUUUGAUCUCAGAACCAAUAAAAAAAAAAAAAAGCCGAGAAUGACAGCCAGGGUGUGCUUUGCUUUGGGCCUGGUUAGAGGAUAUUCACCUUGCCCCAGAACCUCCCGCAUGCCCAGAAUUGGAUGGAAUUUCUUGCCCGCCACGUACAUUGACCGAGUAACUGUUCUGUACCCAGUAAUCUCUGUUCUCAUAUAUUACAUAGGCCAGA